AGGGCCGGGUGUCGGGGCGUGUGCCGGCGUGGGGGCGUCGGGGCGCCCUCGGGGGCGCGGUGAGGAGGGCACAGCAUGGCAGCGCCCGGCGAGGCCGCCCGGGUCGGGGACCAGCCCGGCGCCGGGGGCGUGAGUCCGGCCCCCGCGGCCGCGGGCCGCCGCCGCCGCCGCUGGGGCGACCUGGCGCUGCAGCCGCCCCGGCGCUCGCGGAAACUUUCCCCGGCGCUGUGCGCGGGCUCCCUGCCUCUCCUGCUGGCGCUGCUGGUGAGGCUGGUCCGCGGGGAGACCGGCUGUGACCCGGUGCAGAGCAAGGAGGCGGUGGCGGUGGCGGCGGCGGAGGCGGCAGCGGCCCCGGGAGCAGAAGGGGGCGUUCUCCCGGGGCCUCGGGGAGGUGCUCCCGGGGGCGGUGCGCCGCCCAGCCCCUGGCUGCAGCCCUCGGCGUUGCUCUUCAGUCUCCUGUGUGCCUUCUUCUGGAUGGGCUUGUACCUCCUGCGCGCCGGGGUGCGCCUGCCUCUGGCGGUCGCGCUGCUGGCCGCCUGCUGCGUGGGGGAAGCGCUCGUGCAGAUUGGGUUGGGCGUCGGGGAGGAUCACUUACUCUCGCUCCCGGCCGCGGGGGUGGUGCUCAGCUGCCUGGCCGCCGCGACAUGGCUGGUGCUGAAGCUGAGGCUGGGCGUCCUCAUGAUCGCCUUGACUAGCGCGGUCAGGACCGUGUCCCUCAUUUCCUUAGAGAGGUUCAAGGUCGCCUGGAGACCUUACCUGGCGUACUUGGCUGGCGUGCUGGGGAUCCUCCUGGCGAGGUACGUGGAGCAAAUCUUGCCGCAGUCCGCGGGGGCGGCUCCGAGGGAGCAUUUUGGGUCCCAGCUAAUUGCUGGGACCAAGGAAGACAUCCCGGUAUUUAAGAGGAGGAGGCGGUCCAGCUCCGUGGUGUCCGCCGAGAUGUCCGGCUGCAGCAGCAAGUCCCAUCGGAGGACCUCCCUGCCCUGCAUACCCAGGGAACAGCUUAUGGGGCAUUCAGAAUGGGACCACAAACGAGGGCCACGAGGGUCACAGUCUUCAGGAACCAGUAUCACUGUGGAUAUUGCCGUGAUGGGUGAGGCUCACGGCCUCAUUACUGACCUCCUGGCAGACCCCUCUCUGCCCCCCAAUGUGUGCACGUCUUUGAGGGCAGUAAGCAACCUGCUCAGCACCCAGCUCACCUUCCAGGCCAUUCACAAGCCCAGAGUGAAUCCUGUCGUUUCCUUCAGUGAAAACUAUACCUGUUCUGAUUCUGAAGAAAACUCCGAAAAAGACAAGCUGGCUAUUCCCAAGCGCCUGAGAAGGAGUUUGCCCCCGGGUUUGUUGAGACGAGUUUCAUCAACAUGGACAACCACCACGUCGGCCACUGGCCUUCCCACUCUGGAGCCCGCCCCAGUACGGAGGGACCGUAGUGCCAGCAUCAAACUGCAUGAAGCACCUUCAUCCAGUGCUGUUAGUUCUGAUUCUUGGAAUAACCCAGUGAUGACGACCCUCACCAAAAGCAGAUCCUUCACUUCGUCCUAUGCUGUGUCCGCAGCUAACCACAUAAAGGCUAAAAAGCCAAAUCGACCAGGUGCCCUGGCUAAAAUCUCACCUCUGUCCUCACCCUGCUCCUCACCUCUCCAAGGGACUCCUACCAGCAGCCCCAUCAGCAAAGUUUCUGCAGUCCAGUUUCCAGAAUCUUCAGACGCAACUGCCAAACAACGCCUAAGUUCUCACAGGGCCUUAACUUAUACUCAAAGUGCCCCUGACCUCUCUCCUCAGAUCCUCGCUCCACCUGUUAUAUGUAGCAGCUGUGGCAGACCAUAUUCCCAAGGCAGUCCUGCUGAUGGGUCCCUGGAAAGAAGUGGUGCAGCCAUUCAGACCCCAGGCAGACCAGAUGACACUGCUCAGGUUACCUCUGAUUAUGAAACCAAUAACAACAGUGACAGCAGUGACAUUGUACAGAAUGAAGAUGAGACUGAGUGUGUGAGGGAGCCUCCCAGGAAAACGUCGGCUUGCAGCACCUACACGUCUGAGACCAUGAUAUUCCUGGACAAACCAAUGCUUGCUCCUGAACCUCUCGUCAUGGACAACUUGGACCCAAUUAUGGAGCAGCUAAAUACUUGGAAUUUCCCAAUUUUUGAUUUAGUGGAAAAAAUAGGAAGGAAAUGUGGCCGUAUUCUUAGUCAGGUAUCAUACAGACUUUUUGAAGACAUGGGCCUCUUUGAGGCUUUUAAAAUUCCAGUCAGGGAAUUUAUGAAUUAUUUUCAUGCUCUGGAGAUUGGAUACAGGGAAAUUCCUUAUCAUAACAGAAUCCAUGCCACUGACGUCUUACAUGCUGUUUGGUAUCUUACCACGCAGCCCAUUCCAGGCCUCUCAACUGUGAUUAAUGAUCACGGAUCAGCAAGUGAUUCAGAUUCUGACAGUGGAUUUGCACAUGGACAUAUGGGAUAUGUAUUCUCAAAAAUGUAUAAUGUGCCAGAUGAUAAAUACGGAUGCCUGUCUGGCAAUAUUCCUGCCCUGGAGUUGAUGGCACUGUAUGUAGCGGCUGCCAUGCAUGAUUAUGACCACCCCGGAAGGACUAAUGCUUUCCUCGUUGCUACUAGUGCCCCUCAGGCGGUGCUGUACAACGAUCGCUCAGUUUUGGAGAAUCAUCAUGCAGCUGCUGCAUGGAAUCUUUUCAUGUCCCGGCCAGAGUAUAACUUCUUAGUUAACCUUGACCAUGUGGAAUUUAAGCAUUUCCGUUUCCUUGUCAUUGAAGCCAUUUUGGCCACUGACCUGAAGAAACACUUUGACUUCGUAACCAAAUUUAAUGCCAAGGUGAAUGAUGAUGUUGGAAUAGAUUGGACCAAUGAAAAUGAUCGUCUACUGGUUUGUCAAAUGUGUAUAAAGUUGGCUGAUAUCAAUGGGCCAGCUAAAAGUAAAGAGCUCCAUCUUCAGUGGACAGAGGGUAUUGUCAAUGAAUUUUAUGAACAGGGUGACGAAGAGGCCAGCCUUGGAUUACCAAUAAGCCCUUUCAUGGACCGUUCCGCUCCUCAGUUGGCCAAUCUUCAGGAAUCCUUUAUCUCUCAUAUUGUGGGUCCUCUGUGCAGCUCCUAUGACUCAGCAGGACUGAUGCCAGGGAAAUGGGUGGAAGACAGUGAUGAGUCAGGAGAUACGGAUGACCCAGAAGAGGAAGAGGAGGAAGCCCCAAAUGAAGAGGAAAUCUGUGAAAGUGAUGAAUCUCCAAGAAAGAAAACUUUCAAAAGGAGGAAAGUCUACUGCCAAAUAACUCAGCACCUCCUGCAGAACCACAAGAUGUGGAAGAAAGCCAUUGAGGAGGAACAGCGGUUGGCAGGCGUAGAAGAUCAGUCCCUAGACCAGACCCCCCAGCAGCAUCCCCCAGAGCAGAUCCAGGCCAUCCGGGAAGAAGAGGAAGAGAAAGGGAAGCCGAGCGGAGAGGGGAUCCCAGCUCCUGAGCCGAAUCAGUGACGAUGAAUAGACCUGUCAGACUCUUUUCAAGCCAGCACAACACUUAGACACAACACUGUAGAGAUACAAGAAGAUCGGCAAAUGGCUAUUGCAUUUUGGGGAUUCUUCGUAUCUUAUUUGUUUAUUUUUACAGUGAGGUACAUUGUUAAAAACUCUUGCUCCAAGAAGCUUUCACGUUUGCAACACCAGCUUCUAAGGAUUUUUUUUUUUAAGGAAAAAAUAUACGUGUGUGUGUGUAUAAGCUCUCACAUAGAAACAUGUAAAACAGUCACACACAUACACACAUAUACACACUGAAAGCCAGGAUUACUGGCUCCACAAUUUAGUAACAUUCAUAUUAAGAUAUUUAGUGGUCACUGUGAUACAACAAGUCGUAAAUGAAAAAAAUAAAGGAAAAGAAAUCACAAAGGAAAUGGUGUGGCUUAGCAGGGAAACAGUGCAGAGAAUGUAGGUUAUCAACUAAGGAGCUUCUGCUCUUAAUACUGAAGGAUGAAAAUUCCAGAGCGUUAUUUGAAUUCUUAUACAUCCUGCCAACGUUGUGUGUGUGUGUGAGAGAGAGAGAGAGGAUUGAAAGGGUAUGUGUGUAUGUAUGUUUGUGUGUAUGUAAAGAGAGAUUUUUGUGGUUUUAGUAGCUCAUAGAAUAGCUGCAGCAGUGACUCAGCACAUGUGAACAAACAGAAGGAAUACUCUGGAGUGUGUCUCAGAGGCAGCCGUUCCAAACGCCUGCCUCCAUUUAGCCUCAGUAUAGGACCCUCUACCGAGAGGGUGUGGAAGGGCUGGGUGAGAGGGCCACCUUCUGGCAGUACUGCUCUGCACCACGUGGGGGCUCUCUAUCACCAGCCUUAAACCUGGAAGGCACGCAUUUCCCAGUCUGCUUGCCUAAUGAAUGUAUAGAAGCUGUUUGUGCAUCUGUCACUAACCUGAGAUCAAAUCGCCAUGGCAGGGGGCGGCAUUCUUUAUCCCGAAACACCGAGGAGGGAGCUGGAGUCAGGGCUUGUAAUCAGGUCAGCGUUCUGAAAGAAAGGUUGCCAGAGAAGACCUGGGAAACUGCUCUCUCAUCGCUGCAAAAUGUGUGGCAGAAAAGGAAAAAACAAAGAAAGGCAAACAGAAACCCACAGAGGGAUCUAUAGCGAGAGUUGAAGGGGAAACAUUUCCACACGGGGUUUGGUGUUCGUUGACGCAAGGAAAGCCUGAUUUUUGACAACUGGUGAAGAGUGGCUUUGGGGAGGCCCGGGUUCCCCUGGCAGCCGUGUUGUGGUGCUCCACGUGCCGUGUGCAGGGAUAGCUUCUGUCUGCACUCUGGCCCAAUGCUGUGCUUCUUUGGGCAGGGAAGAUUUUAGAUGGACUUUUGGGGACUGGACCUAUUAUUGAAAGUCCUCUUUUUUUUUUGGUUUGUUUAUCUACACUUGUUUAUGCUGUGAGCCAAACCUCUAUUUAAAAAGUUGAUACUCACUUUCAAUAUUUUAUUUUGUAUUAUUCUAUUUGUCAUGAAUAGUUAUCUUGAUGUAAAUACAAAGAUUUGUUUCUGUAGAUAGGAAAUUCUUUUUUUUUUUAAAAGAAAAGGGAAACAUUUUUAUAAAGUUAUAUUUUAAUCACCAUUUUUAUACAUUGUAGCCAUCUCUAAACCCAGCAAGAGGGAUAAGGCAUUUGCAUGGAAGUCUAUGGACCGCCAUUCAUCUACCUAUUCUAAUAUAAAUGAUAAUCAGAUAUAGUUAUUUUAUGCCAAUCAAAUGAGGUUGCUGCAAAGAAUGAUUUUUCACUAGGAAGUAUGGCUAACCUUUGGGUAACUUUUGGUUCCAUGAUUCCCAAAGAGAAGGACUCUCUUAACAAAUACCAGAUUUUUAUAUUCAGCAUCCAUACCUUCCCAGCUCUUUUUGGUUAAAACUCUUCCUUUCACAUAUUUAUGGACCUGCUCAUCAUCUACACUGUCUUAACUUCUAAGUAAACCUUGAUUGUGAUUCCUACUUUUUAUUUCCUCUGAAGGCAUUGAAAAGAGUUACAUUAAAAAUGCCUUUGUUUCUCACAAGUGGAUAUUCUUCCCUUCCAAAGCAAUGAAUUUGCAAUAAUCCAUGGCAUUUUUCAGGUAAGGCAAUGAGAACAUAUUCGAAAAUAAACAUGGUUUCAAGGCAAAUUUCGCAGUAAGUAAGAAAGUAUGCAAAGGAUUAAAUGGAUGCAGAAAUGUGAAAAUGAGUUUUUUUUUUAGUUAGCACCAGGUCUUCAUUGUUUAGGACUUGCAGAGUUGUUUUCCAUUUUCUUGCAUUGUCUUUGUGCCUCUAUGUUUGCAAACAUUACUGUUAGUCAAAUACAUUUCCCCAGUGAAUGUAUUCACUCCCUUCCCCUUGCAAAUAAGAGGGAGAAAAGAAAAAGCAUUUAUAUUCUCAUACCUAUUACUAAUUACUUAACAAAACUAAUAUUUCUUUCUUUUCCCAAUGCCAUACAUCUCUAAAAUAAGUAUGUGUCGAAAAAUCUGGGUGUGAAACAAGUAGAAAUGUCAGUGGAGCAGUGAUGUGUCCAUAACUGUAUAUGGGCAGCUUCAUCAAAGCUAUAUGGCUGCAAGCCAGGGCCUGACUGCCAGAAGAGAGGUCUUAGGAAACUGUUUAAUAUUGUUUGCUUGUUUUGUUUCAAAGUGCAUGAAGUAAUUGUGGCCAAAGCAGUUAGAACCUCUUCCUUCCAGAAUGGUGUUCAUCCUUCCAACCUGAUUGAUAUUUUUCUUCAAAAAUAAAUUACCCAGAGAUUAAAGCUAAACAUGUAUUGAAAUCAAGAAAUAGAGACUUGUCAGGUGUGAGACAUUCCUACACACCAGGACAUCUCAAAGGAUACCUCAGAGCAUGAAAAGAUAUUUUCUGCUGGUGGUAUUAUCCCCCUUGUUGGUGACAGCAAUGGUAAUCGUGUUCACUUCCAACUCCAGAGCGUAUUUCUGGGGGUGCCGGCAUAUUUGCUGUGAUUUGCUCUACUUUUAUAUGAACCUAUUUGUAGGUGCCAUUAGAUAAACUCAGGUCUUUCAUCUGAGGGAAUGUAGAGCCCAUUUAGGGAAAAGGAUAUUUGUAUAGACACACAUCAAACCAAUGGUAAGAAAGUUGGACCUGGGGACCUCGAUACCAGCUGUUGCUCUCUGUUAAGGAAAAGGCCAGGGACACUGUGGGUGUCCUUGAUGUCAUUUCCAGCAUGCAAAUAGGAUGUGUUUCCAGGUACCUGUCUAAGCCAACCUUCAGAACUUUGUUUCCUUGCUGAAAACACCACUUUAGUCUUUUUUUUUUAAUUUAUAAAACUACUUUUUUUGUCAUUUAUAUGAUACCUGGUUUUGCUCUCAGUAGGUGAUGAAGACAGUAACUCCAUCCAGGGAUACAUCUCUGUUGGUCUUCAUCUGAAAAGUGAAGGAAUUUCCUCAUAUUCUGUUUAAGAAAAUAUCUACUCCCUUAAAACAAAAAUACCUAAUUCUGUCUGCUGCAUUUUGAAGGAAUUUUGAACAAACCCUAACCACUGCAAUCCCAUUACAAUGAAAGAAAAGGGAUUGUGUGUCUUGGAGUCUGUUCAUAUUACAUAUGUGGAUUGCAGUUUCCGUAUGUCCCCUGGCUCUCAUGAUUUGCAGUUUCCUGAUAGCCCCUGUCACUUUCCCAGAGAACUUUCUUUGAAGGUAAAAGCUGUGCAGAAGGCAUGAGACCCAGGUCUAUUUUUUGUUUAAAUGACAGAAAAACAUAAAUUAUUUUCUAAGUAAUAAAGAUAUGAAAAUUAACCUUGUAAAUAAAGUCUAAAGUUUGAAAUGA